AGUUUGGGUAUGUCAUUUCUUGGGAUUUUUCCAAAAGCGGGGGUGCAGGUUAACAGGUUAACACUUAACUAUAAAUAUUUGAAGUACUUAAAAAUAUUUAGCUAACAUAACAUUUAUUCUACAGGCUCAUCUUACCCCAUUAUCCUUUAUUAGGAUUUUAUUUAUUGUGUAUAUAAACUCUACAUUUCAAACAAUCACAUGUCAUCCUCGUGACUAUAAGCCCACACACACUUGACGUUAAGUAAAGUAUAAAAGCAGAGCUGUUUCUGGAACUUCACAAAAUCUUCCUCUGAGAUUCUACAGGAGACAACCAAACCAAGGUUCAUUUCAUGUUCAUCAUGGCAAUGCUGAGAAGUCUAAUGCUUCUUUUCGUCAUCUUCUCCAUGGGGAAUGCAAAAAUUGAUUUAGUCAUGAAAUGCCCCGCUGGAUGGUCAAGUUUUGGACUCCGGUGUUUCAAGUACUUCUCUCCGUUGGUUAACUGGAUCACAGCAGAGAGAAACUGCCAAGGUCUUGGUGCGAAUCUCGCAUCUGUGCAUAAUAAACUGGAAAAUGAGUUUCUGCUGGGUCUGUUGCCGCCUUCUUCCUCACGUGCUUGGAUUGGUGCUCAUGAUGCUGUACAAGAAGGACAGUGGCUGUGGAGUGAUGGAACUGUGAAUGACUUUACCAACUGGUGCGCUACAGAACCUAAUGGUUCUGGUAAAGAGAACUGUGUGGAUAUCAGCUGGACCUCUAACCGCUGCUGGAACGACUGGACCUGUGCAGGCCAAAUAGGCUAUAUUUGUGUUACAGAUGCUUGAGAUCAUAUGCAGGCAUGCUGCUCCACAGUUACAUUGAUUUUACACUUUAUGAUCUUAUCUUUACAAAAAAAAAUAUAUAUAUAUUCUAAAAUUAAACUUCAUUUGAAUCUUUUCUAAGCUUUAAUCUCUUCUAAAUACAUUAUCUGAAACCCUCCUCUA